AAGAGAAGUUUUCUUUCCCGAGUAAAGCAAAAAUAUAAAUCGGAAUGCAGAAAUCGGAAACCUUCGUUUAAUUUGUAUCUAUAAAAAGAAACCGGCCUUAAAAUAGUAUCUAGAUAAAACAGAACAACAAUAACAACCUUCCUCUUUCAAGUGCUCAAACAUCGUUGCCUUCGUUUUGAAAAAAACAAAAACAAAUAUAUGUGUAUAAUUUUUUUCUGCCGGUCGGUCGUGUCAUCUCUGCCCAAUCGUCUUCAAACAUUAUCGCGUUAACAUUGCCUCUGCGUUGUUUUUUAUUUCGAUUUUCUCCCCAAUUUUGGAAAAGCAAUCGCGCCAGUGUGUUAUGGCUACAUGGCGAGUGGCUGGCUGACUGGCUGAUUGAGUGAGCAAGCAAGUGAGUGUUUGUGUGCAUUCAUUGAGUGUGAAGUGAAGUGUUCCAACAUGAAACGCAUUCUUUUUACUUGAUUUUGUGCUGGGGCCAAUCCAAUAUAAAAUUUAUUUAAGUUUUAAAUUCCUUCUACUCUGCAAGUCACCAAAUCGAGGGGUGCACAUAAUUGCGGUUGCACUGCAUCAACGACAAGCCAACAUCAGCAGCUUCAGCCUUAGCCCCUCAAUAACGACCACCAUCACCAGUCACCGUUUUAACUCCCCUUCACCAAAACAGCCACGCUGAGCAUUACGCCACGCUACAACGCACUUUAAUUUUAUGUAUUCUGCUGCUCGCUCCGUUGGGGAUUUCUAACACUUAUUUUCUUCGCUGAUACUUACUGCCUGGCAAUAUCUACUUACAUUGUUAUGGCUUUAAUGUCCGUUCUUAAAGCUCCGAUUUAGAACGUUAUCAAGUUAGACGAAAUAUAUUUCAACCACUUUAUAAAGACGUCAUGAAUAGCAGCCAGGCGUUAAGCGUAUUUACAACAAUAACAAAAAUGGUAACAUCAGUAGUCUGAGUGUACUCCGCAUUCAUUGAAGAAAGGGAGAAAUAAUAUAACGAAGACCCCAAAGAGUAAGCAAACAUAAAGACGCUAACGCAAGAGACAGAUGCUGAGAGGAACAGAGCAGCAAACAGACCUUCCUGCCACCUUUCUUGGCUGGUCUGGCCACCCAGUUUAGACGAAAAACAAACAAUUUGACGUCUGCCGUCUCUCGACCAAAAACCAAAAUUGGGGGGAAAAUGAAUGCGAUGGCCAACAGCAAAAGCAACAACAGAAAAUGAAACACACUUUGCUCAAUAACAGUACAAUCUGUCAUUUGGGGAAUAUUGAAGAUUCUCUUUUGAUAACACCACCCAACGCCAGCAACAGAGGCAGCAGCAAAAGUCUGUUAAUAACAUAAAAAGGUAUCUUCGUUAAAUGCUCACCGCCUACGUUGAAGUGCGACGUCAAAAACCAAAUACAAAACACACACACCCAUGCACAUAGACGUGUCUAUGCAGCAGCAAUAACUUCUUCUCAUCUCUUUGCAAAUCAUCUGUGAUAUAAUUUUUCGCCGUGUUAUAUUUUUUUACUUAUAACCACAAAAAGACACUUCAAACGCUUCUAUUCCGUCAAUUCAAACAAAAUUUCUCUCAAAGCCAAUCUGAGUUUUGUUGUUCGUCAGUUGUGACCAUCGUGAUUGAUUGCGCUUCGCAAACCUUAACAACAACAACAGUAGUAGUUUACAUUGCAUAUUCAAUGUGUGACGCAUAUAACAACAACAAUUACAACUGAUACUGGUUGUUUUGAAUUUUUGUUGUACGUCAUACGCCAAGGCGCGCCAUCUACUCAGCAGCAGAGGGCAGCGCACAAGAGCUUGCUCUGUUACAGUGUGAUAGGCACCGCAUCAGGAAAGUCGCUCAGCAGCAGUUAACUCCCCAAUUGGUUUGCCACUUUGUCAGCGCACUGUUCGGGCCGAAGAACCAUAAGCGCGGCGCACAGUGAAUUCUGGAAACUCAAAACAGAAAAAAAACUGAAAAACUGGCUGACACGAUAAUUCUUUCCUACCCAACAACGCCGCAACGCUAACAGCCAAACAGCCAAAAUUAAAUACAAAAAAAAAACCCUUCAAGCCACCAAUGCAAAGUACAAUGGCGGCAUAGAUUUUUUUCGUUUUCAACGAAGAAAAAAAAAUUGGAAAAUAUUCAACGACAUCAAUACAAAAAGAUAUAAUGAAAUCAUUAGGUGCUAAUUUUAGACAUUAGGAAUCACUACAUUAGGAAACAAACAAUAAUUACAAUUAAAACAAUCUACAAGUACAAGUACAAGUUGCAAAACUGAAGCACAUCAGCACAUCCAGAGAAAAUAUUUGUAAAACCAGCAGUCGGAAGGGCAGAAGAGUGAUGCCAAUGAUACUUGCAGUCAUAAGCAACUAAGGAGUUUUCAACAUUUCUUGCAAUUAUGUAAUAUCAGUUAAAAUAAUUGAAAACACGACUGACUGUUGAACAGGCAAAUGAAAUGUUCAAGAACUGCAGCGACGAAUGCAACUCAAGCAACAGCUGCAACCCUUUCCAAAGUUGGAGUUGAUGGAACACAUCAUAAAAGAGCAAACACACACGUCCCUCUGAGCCUACUCCAAAAGUCGUUCGCAAUCACUCCAAUAUAUUCGAUGCAUCAAAAAGAAUUGUUUUUAAGGGAAUAUUUUAAUAAUAGUUUCAAAAACUUAAAAAAAAUACAUAAAACUUGUAUUAUAAAACACCGAAGAAUUAGUAUUUAAAAAAAAAAAACAAAAAAAAUAAAUAAAAUAAAAAUAAGUUUAUUUUAUGAAAACUUGAAAAAUCUGCAGAAAGAACUGAAAGAGCCAAAUCCAUUGAAGCACAAAAUUGGUUGAUGAGACAAGUUAAAGGGAAAUAAAUACAAAAAGCUACAAUCGGGAGGAAACGAAAAGCUCGUGGCUUCCAAGAAAUCUGGAGGGAAACCAAAUCAUACCCAUAAAAUGUCCAAAUAUUUUAUCAGUACAACAGCAAAUGCAACAAGUGCUGCAGCCGCCACCAAUGCCAACAUUUACCAAUCGAAUAAUGCAAACAACGGCAAUGUGGGUCCAACAACAAAUGCCACAUCAGGUGCGAUGCGCAAACUAUUCGAAAAUGUGGCAACAGGAACUACAAGCAACAGCAAAGUUACAGCCCGUGCUUUGUCAUUGGUGGCACAUGCAAAAGCCACACGGGUCUUUAUGACACAAGCAUCUUCCGUAGCCCAACAGCAGCAACAGCUCACAACAACAUCGACUAAUGCCGCCAGCAUGGCUACACAUCUGUUAGAUCAUGGCUAUGGUGUCACGCUUGCACCACAGCAGCAGCAACAACAACAACAACAGCAAACCAUAGUUAUGUCAGCAACAAAUUCCUCGUCGAAUGCAGUCGUCUCAGCGACGACGACGGCGGCGACGACACCAGCAACGUCAAAUAAUUCUAAUUCAACAUCACCUGCCUCGCAACAACAGAAAUACAAGUCCACAGAUAUGACACAAUAUUAUAAGGUGAAACGGCGUAUUCCUAUGAAUGACAGUCAUCCUAAGAAACAAGCCAAACAAAGUCUGCAACAUGAAACCGCCUAUCAACAACAACAGCCAUCUCAACACCAGCAACCACAUAAUAUCACCACCAUACGCUCUGGCAAACAACAAACACCUCAACAACAACAAAUCGCACUGAAUUUUCCCACACCCUCACCUCAGCCAGCCCGGCCACCAUCAUCUGCUUCAUCAACAUCUUCAUCGUCAGCCCUAAUGGCACCAAAUUUCCUUUACAAACUAGGCGGUACACCUUCAUCGAAUUCGCAUAAUAAUUCAAGCUCGGCCUCUUCGGCUAAACGUACGCCAGAGGGUAAUCGUGCGGACACCUCCUUGGGAAUCCUAACCAAAAAAUUUGUUGAUCUACUGCAAGAAUCCCCUGAUGGAGUGGUCGAUUUGAAUGAUGCCUCAACAAAAUUGUCUGUGCAAAAACGACGUAUCUAUGACAUUACCAACGUCCUGGAAGGUAUUGGUAUUCUGGAGAAGAAAUCAAAAAACAAUAUUCAAUGGAAAUGUGGCAAUUCAUUGUUAACAUCGGAACGCUCCAAUGAUAUUAAGCUGGAGAACGAACGUCUCGAGCAGAAGGAGAAUGAGUUGAACAUGCUCAUUGAUCAGAUACGCAAUGAAUUGCAUGGCGAAAUAUCGCGUAACGAUCAAUUGGCAUAUGUGACGCACAAUGAUCUAUUGAAUGUUGAUCUGUUUAAAGAUCAAAUAAUUAUAGUAAUUAAAGCGCCACCAGAAGCAAAACUUGUGUUACCUGAUUCUUUAAAUCCUCGUGAAAUUCAUGUGAAAGCCGAAAAUAAUGGUGAGAUCAAUGUUUUCCUUUGCCAUGACACAUCACCGGAGAAUUCACCGACUUUCGGUCAAUCGGCGUUGGCUCAAAGACAGGCGUCGGCUGCUGUACAACAGCAUCACGAUCCUCUCAUCGAUGACCUUAGCCAUUUGACACCACUGAUGGAAGCGGAGAAAAGGCAUAGAUUAGGUUUACCUGCUGUACCCAAAUCCACAUAUCACACAAAUGUGCGUUCAGCGCAACGCAAUCUUAGCAAAUCAAUUGAGGAAGUUGCCCAGCAAGAUUUGCCUGGCUAUAGCAGUCAGGAUCAACAGCACGAACAUCAUAAUCAGACGCUAGGGCAUGAUGAUGAUUUCAAUAUAUUCCCAACAAUAACAAGACCUGUUAUCACACAGGUGACAAGCGAUCAACAGCAACGGCGAGUCCAUCAUCACCAUCAUUCACCACCACAGCAGCAGCAGCAGCAGCAGCAGCAACAACAACAAUUAAGCUCUUCGAGUAUUGAGGAUACUUUGAGCUCUUCGGUGGGAGGCGUACUAAUGACGUGCUCCUCAAAUGCCCAGCAACAACAGCGACGCCUGACUGGUGACAGCAAUCAGGAUAGCAAUGAUUCCAAUCAAACAAUUACGCUUAGACAUGGCUCCGCUGUGGGUCAAUUGGGAACGUCCAGAGCGCUGACAAAGAAAUCAGGUUUACGUAACGAUGUUAGUUUUGUGAAUUGUGCAAUGGACAACCAACAGAAUACGCAGCACGCGAAAUUGAUAACGGGCAGUAGUACAUCGUCGUCAUCGGCCAACUCUUCGUCAGUGUCAUCGCCACAACAUGAUAGUUUUGAAUCAGCAGCAGCAGCAGCAACCAAUACGUCCGCUGGCGGUCAAUCUUUGCAACAGCAACAACAUCAACACCAUCAUCAGCAGCAGCUACACCAUCAUGAGCAGCAGAUGCAGGAGCACCACCAACAGCAACAACCACAUCUUAUCGCUGCCCACCAUGACACUGAUGUUCCCAACUCACCACAACUCUCUUCUCAUAUCGUUACAACCAAUUCGAAUUGUGGUAGCACUACCACAACUGGCGUCCGGAACGCGCUUAUUUCGGAUAAUGUAAAUCUAAGUCCCUUACAACCUUACAACUAUUAUGAAGACUUGCCACCACUGUUGCCCAUUGAACCGCCAUUGGAUGGUUAUUACAAUUUCUCGUUGGGUCAAACCGAAGGUCUUAUCGAUUUAUUUAAUGAUUUUGUUUAAUUUUAGAUAGUAAAAAACAGCAACCAUAUACAAUAUUUGUACACAAUCUUAAAAAAAAAAACAAAAACAAGCAAACAAAAAACAUAUUAUUUAGCUUCUGUCAGGUCUACUUUUAUUUUUUUUUUCGUUGUCCUUUCAAGCAAAAUCAAUUUUUAUCAUUCUCGUACUCACUUCCCCCUUGUAGCAGCAAAAAUAUGGUAUUUUUUUUUCAAUCUAUUAAACAUUCUUUAGGUAUUUAUAAUUUGAAAUUAUAAAAGAAAAACGAAUAACCAACAAAGCAUGGCAAAAUUUCAAAUUUUUUCAAGAUUUGUUUUUUGCUCUAAUAUUAGAAAUUAUCAAUUACAUUUAAACUUUAGCUGAAAUAUGUUUAAAAAAGCCCCACAAAAAAAAAGUUGCAGAGAAUACAUUAUAAACAAACAAAAAAAAAACAAGAAAACACUAUAGUCUGAAAAAUAAAAACCUAAAAUAAAUAUAUUUAAACUAAAAGUGUAAUAGUCUAUACAUAGAAGAAAACAAAAUAAGAACAGAAAACAACAAACUUUGUAAAUUUCUCAUUAAAAUCAGGUUUUCAAAUUUACAAAAACAAUUUAAAUAUUUGUAAUUUUUAUUAAAAUAAAAACAAAUCAUAGUCGUAUGUAAAAUCACAAAAAGUCCUAAAACAUCUGAAAUAAAUUAAACCACAAAAUCCUCCUACAGUGUAAAAUAAUUUUUAUAAAACUAAUUAAAUUAAAAUAGCAAAAAGCAAAAUGUCAACAUACAUACAAUACACAGCAACAUACAUGCAUAUGUUUUUAAAAAACACUAUGGAUAAAAUCUCCUGUAGACUUAAAUGUAACACAAAUUUAAAACAAGCUAAAAAAGUCCCAUGAUACUUUGCGUCUCACUUUUUUCUUUUCUUUUCUUUUGUAAAUGAAUCAAAAUUAUUUUGUAGUUCUUGUUUAAACAAAAUUAUUAUUAUAUAUAUAUACAUUUGCUUAAUGUAAAUUUUAAAUGCGGCCCUUUGUUUUCUUUUUACCCCUUUUUUUACUUUUGGAUUUUUUUCUCAUAAUUUUUAUACGGAAAUGUUGAUUUUGCGGUUAUAUAUAUAUAUAUUUUUUUUUUUUUUUUGCUAAAGUUGUAAAUUUCCACACAUGUAUUAAACACGAUUUUGUAAAAUUUUUGUUAAUUUUUUUUGAAGUUUCUUUUUAAAGCAAUAGUUAUGUUUGGUUUCUUUUCGAGAGAACAAUAAUUAUAUUUACACUGUAUUUAAUUAAUAAACAAUACAAAAUAUUGAAAAAAAUAAAAAUAAAACCAAGAAAAAAAAAUCAACAACAACAAACUAAAAACAUUUUACGCAUUUUUGUUAAUGUUUAUUUUAAUUCCCUUUAUAUAAUUAAUAUAAUUAUAGCGUAAUUUUAUUUUAUAAUAAUAAAAAAAAAACAAACAAAAAAACUAAAUAAAGCAAAUGAAUAAAACCUUUGAAACAAAAAAAGAAAAAAAAAAAACAAAAAACAUUAAAAUACAGAGAGCAGCAAAGCAAACAAACCUAUAGCCAACAUCCACGAAACCACAACAAAACUUAUUUUAAUGCUAAACGCUUAUAUUUUUAUACAUUAAAGAAAAUCAGAAACAUUAAAAUAUAUAAAUAUAUUUUGUUAUUGUUAACAAAUAGUAAAACAAACAAACAAA